AUGUCUGCUGAAGAUGAUCAGUCAUCAAGACGAACAUCACCCCUUCGCUCUGCCACAACGUCCCAGAAUUCCACACAGACCAUAUCUUCGGAGGAGGAGAUCGAGGAAGAAGAGUGUUCAGAGAAAGGCUAUCUAUUUCCUGAAGAGGAAGAGUAUCUGGAAGAGGAGGAAUAUCUGGAGGAAGACGACUACCUGGAGGAGGAAAAGUUGCUGAAGGGGAAGGCGUACCUGUAUGGAGAGGGGUAUGCGAAGGCGGGAGAGCAUCUACAGGAGGAAAAGGACCUGGAAGAAGAGUAUCUGUUGGGAAAGUAUCUGGAAGACGGUGAGUAUCUGGAUGAGGGAGAGUAUCUGAAGGGAAAAGAGGAACCCGCUCGGGGGACCACCUUCCACGCCGCCCCUCCUUUCGUCUCUGAAUUGUCCCACCGGUCUCCAUACCAUGAUGCGAUGCCUUCCACAUCCUCCGUGCAGCAAGAUGGAGAACUUCUGGCCUGGCAUGACGAGAGCACUCAGACAGAAUGGAUCUAUGAGAGCAAGUUGGACUGGUUCCUCGGGGUGAUGGGCUGUAUCCGGAUGAUCACGUGGACAGUGGCAAAUGGGAUUCUGUCUCAGCAGGCAGGCAAAGCCAGCCCGGAUUCAGAACCAGCCAAAAUCAUCGGCAGCGUUCUCAACAGCUCCUAUCAGGUAGUGUUUAGGACCGUGCUCAAAGAAAUGGCUGCUCGCCAAGAACUGGAAGAGGAUAUUGACAUCCCCCUGACUGGGAUUCUGGAGAGUGAAACCAGGAGGAAACUGGGAAUUCUGUUGAAGAAAAAUUUUGGAAAAUACAAGCAAACAAUCCUCUGGAUUAUGAAGAAACGUGAAAACUUCCUCACGGCCAAAACUGCGGAGACGUCGACUUUCACAUUUCACUUAUGGAAACAACCACCACAAGGUGAGGAGCCUGUGCCAGAAGCCAAAAAAACUCGUCGUGUGGUUUAUCGUAAGAAGAAAUUGGAAGUAGAUACGGGAUGGGUCCACAGCAAGACUGAGGUGCCUCAAGGUGAUGGAAAAUUAAUUCUCUACCCCAGUGGGAUUGUCUUCCAAAUUCUCUUUCCUGAUGAAUCGGGCCAAAUACAUUAUCCAUCAGGAAAGCUGGCUAUGCUCAUCCUCAGUACAAAACAGAGAAAGUUCAUAUAUAUCAUUCUAGAAGACAGUGAAGAAGGUUGUGUCCGGGCCCUUAUCAACAACUCCGGCCAUGCCACCUUCUACGAUGAAAACAAAGCAAUCUGGUUGAGCCUGAGCCAAAACCUGGGCUACUACUUCCCCAAAGGCAAAUACCAGAAGGCCUGGAACUGGUGGAAUCUGAACCUGCACGUCCACGCGCCGCCCGUCCAGUCCAUCUCCUUGAAAAUCAACCAGUACAUCAAAGUACAAAUAAGGAGCCAGGACGAGAUCACCUUCUGCUUCAACCACCAACAGAAGCACAUCCGCUUAAACCUGGGCACCAAGUACAAGUCCAUAACCCCGGAGGUGCUGAGUGAAAUGAGGCAGAAAGCAAUCCUGGAGGUAGAAUGUGGUUCAGCGGCCCAGAAGAUGCAGACCCUCCUGGGAAAAAUGAGUAAGAUCCUGAAUUUCCUGACCAUCCCUGAUUUGGAAAACUUCAUAGAGGCUGCCAGUUCCUUGGCAGUAGGCAACAUGAAACGGAAGGAGAAAUCGUACCUCCCAGACUAG